GAUGAUGACGACGGUUGCAUUCAGUGCCAAGCUGCUGGCUCCGAAUGUUCCCUUUCUUCCAGUCCUCAGUCCCGAAAGAGGAAACUAAACGGUGAUGCUAGCGAAGAUAUCAUCGGGAAAAGAAGUUCACCGGGUCUUACAUCCAGGCGACGAAACCAUAAUUCCAGCCUCUCAAGCACCGCCGCUAGCAGUUCGUUUCUUGAAGAGAUGGCCAAUGUCGGCGGCCCUACCAUGCUGAAACGCACGCUGGGCCUCCAAGACGACCGUUACAGCCAAUAUAUUGGCCCUACCACCGACUUUGAACCAUCACUUAUUAAUCUUUCUUCCUUCGAUCCCCAUGACGAGAGUCUCUUGUCCAGAGGUACCCUUCGCAAAGUCAGCGAGCACGACACUUUCUUGAUGUUGCCUGACUCUAGCACUCCGGGGCACGAGCAUGUGACGCAAGACGCCGAUCACAUUGAGUCCAUCGUGGCGCCCCAUGGAAGGCAUCUUAUCGACCUUUACUUCAGCGUUGUUCAUCCAGGAUUUCCUAUUAUUCAAAAACAUGUCUUUAUGGAAAAGUAUGAACGAUCUUACAGAGAGUUUUCGCCGCCACUACUAGCAGCUGUGUACAUUAUUGCCAUCAAUUGGUGGGAUCAAAGCGAGGAGUUGGCAGGAAAGCCACGGCCCAACGUCAAGGAGCUCGAAAGCCUCAUUCGGGCAACUUUGGAUGAGGCAACCUUUCGUCCAAAACUUUCGACAAUCCAAGCUGGUCUGCUACUCUCUCAACGACCUGAGGGUGACCAAUGGGCUCCUACUGCCCAGUUAGUGGCACUCGGUCACGAGUUGGGGCUGCACCUUGAUUGUACGCAUUGGAAGAUACCACCGUGGGAAAAGGGUUUAAGAAAACGAUUGGCAUGGGCUCUUUACAUGCAGGACAAAUGGGGUGCUCUUGUUCAUGGGAGACCGUCGCAUAUCUUUGCUACUAACUGGGGCGUUCAGCCUCUUACCGCAAACGAUUUUCCAGAUGUCGAAUGGGACGAGAACGAUCCAGAAGAAAAACUUGAUAUUGAGAAGGGGCGAGUAUUGUUCACUCGUGCGGUACAGCUUUCGGAAAUUCUUUCAGAAAUUCUCGACACAUUUUAUACCCUACAAGCCAUGAAUACGGUCGCAAACGCGGGUAAGCAGGGAACGCAACUAGUGUUGUCGCUCGCGAAGCCAAUUCAGCUCAAGCUAAAGGAGUGGUACGGGGGAUUGCCGCAACUCAUUCGCUUGGACUCCUCAUACUCUUCUCUUAACCCUUCUUCCAGCAGGUUGUCGAGUAUCGGAUAUCUCCACUUGGCAUACUUUGCGGCCGAAAUCACUCUCCAUCGGCGGAUUAUUCGAUCAUUAGCUUCGCCAUCCAGUUCUGUCGACUCUUACGUACAGCACAUAUGUCGCAGCGCCGCCAAGGCACGUCUCAUUUCCGCCAUGGAUUUUGUCAAUCGUCUUGGACCGAACCACCUGCGCUCGUUUUGGUACUUUGCUUCCAAGACCAAUUUUGCGUUGAUUGGGACGUUUGGCUCUCUCCUUUGGGCGACAUCACCUGGGCGCGAGGAAGCCGACUGGUAUCGACGACGACUGGGAGAGUACCGAUGGACUCUCUCUGUGAGUUCAAAACCUGGCGAAGGCACAGGCCUGACUGAGUUCGCCAUGACAAUGCUGGAUAUUUCAACGGGUUUGCUCAAGCAGCUACCAGAAAAGCCUUCGAUGAGUCGGAACGGAAGCCAUGCCGAUCUGUCGGUUUCUGCGCCACCUAUUUUCAGUGGCGGUAUCUUGGACAGUCUGGGUAGCAGGCCCACUGCAGCAGAAAUUAGUGCUAUGCGUAGUCCACGCACCGACGACGAAGAGGAGAUGGAGGAGAUGGAUAGUAGCGACGACGACAUGGAAGAUUAUCCUCGGAUGUAAGACUUGGGGGGAGCAAGACGACAUACACGACAUUUACAAAAGGAAAAGGGUUCGAUAUUCCAAUGAUUGAAGAUUAGGAACGAUUUGAGGGUAUUGUUUGGAAUAUGCAGCCACGGCUCACAUCUUUCGGGCGUUUAUGUCGUUGCUGCGUUGUGUUUUGGUACGACUGCGGAGUUGGAUUGGCAUUGGCAUUGGCAUUUUUGUCAUCCUUUUUAAGGUCUUAUCAUUGAUGAUUUUUUUUUCUUCUGAUCAUUACGGUUUGGGACGAAUGAUACCUGGGUUACUCUUUCUCGAGGCCCCUCUGGAAGGGCUCGAGACAUGACGGGAUGGCAUGCAAGCGCAUAUGAGAUUCAAGCAUGGAGAUUAUUGUAUUGUGUGAAGUGAGUUGAGCAUGGUCUACUUAGAAUGGAUUGUUAUGAGUUACGUAUAAUACGAGAAAUGGCAUUACUAGUGACUGAGUUUUUCGGAUUUCGUCUUUCCUCUUUACUCCGGAAAAUUUGGAGGUU